AUGGCUUCCGCAACCCUCGCGACCACCGGCGGCAUCACUUCGCCCACCAUUACCGUGGAAGAGGGCGGCGCGGAACCUCGUCCGCCACUCGCUAACCACAUCGAGGGCCAGGACGGACGGAGCAACCACCGUAUUAACCAGUACAUAAUCAAAGAGGAGAUUGGUCGAGGUUCGUAUGGAGCAGUGCACCUCGCGACAGACCAGUUUGGGACCGGAUAUGCCGUCAAAGAGUUCUCCAAGGUCCGUCUUCGCAAACGAGCCCAGUCCAGCAUUCUCCGCCAAGGAGCUCGUCGACCCCAGCGAUUCGCCCACCGUGUAAGUCUCAAUGCGCCGCUGUCGCCACACUUUGGCGACUUUGGCGGAGACAACCCAAGCCCCAGUGCCAGCGAUGCCUUAUUCUUCAUCAGGCAAGAGAUUGCCAUCAUGAAGAAGCUCAAUCAUCCGAACUUGGUCCAACUCAUAGAAGUGUUGGACGACCCAGAGGAGGAUUCCCUGUACAUGGUCCUUGAGAUGUGCAAGAAGGGUGUAGUCAUGAAAGUCGGACUCGGUGAGACGGCCACACCGUACCCCGAAGACUCGUGUCGUUAUUGGUUCAGGGACUUGAUAUUAGGCAUCGAGUAUUUAGUGCACGAACAAGGCGUCAUUCAUCGCGACAUCAAGCCUGACAACCUUCUGCUGACUGAGGACGACGUCCUCAAGAUUGUCGAUUUCGGCGUCUCAGAGAUGUUCGAGAAGCCUGGCGACGGCAUGAUGACUGCCAAGUCCGCGGGCUCCCCGGCCUUCUUGGCUCCUGAGCUUUGCGUAGUCAGGCACGGCGAUGUGGACGGCAAAGCUGCUGAUAUCUGGUCCAUGGGCGUUUCACUGUACUGCCUGCGAUACGGCAAGAUCCCCUUCGAGCACGAUGGCGUACUGGAAAUGUACGAAGCCAUCAAGACGGAGUCUACUCGUCUGCCCGAGGACGAGGAUCCCGACUUUGUGGAUCUCAUGAAUAGAAUUCUGGAAAAGGACCCGAAGAAGCGCAUCCCGAUGGCGGAGCUGAGAGAGCAUGCCUGGGUCACAAAGGGAGGGACAGAUUUGUUGCUUUCCAAAGAAGACAACUGUGCGGCCCUCAUUGAGCUCCCGAACGAGCUCGAGUUGAACCGUGCUUUUACGCGGAAGAUGAACCAUCUUCUCUGCGUGAUGAAAGCGAUCCACAAGUUCAAGACCAUCCUCAUGAGGCGCAGGCAGAGUCGCAACUCUACGCUCUCGCCACGCGGUGAUGGCGGUAAUGAGUUGAUCGACCAGGACAGGGACAGGGCUCGCGCAGAAGAGAUUGAGGCUCUCAUCGCGAAGCGCCAGGAGUUCAUGAAGAAGCAGGGAGGCAGCAGCGGUGCGACGGACAAGAGCGACGCGACCGAAAAGGCGGAGAACGAGCCGCUGAUCCUUGGUAUCGGGAUCGGUGCUCGAGACGAGUUCGACAAGAACGAGCCGUCGGCGGGUGCUGUGGCUGAAUCUCCGACCAACGUCGACUUUAACAUUUACGACAAGGCAUACGAGGCCGAGGUGGAGCGCAUCAUGUCCAAGCCCAAGAGGCAAACGACAAUGUACCUGACGCGGUUCGUCAAGGACCGCGAGCAGUUCAAGGAGGUCGCCAACGUGGUCGAAGGGACGUCCGCGGCCGUUACACCAGCAGGAACGCCGAGAUUUGAUACCCACCAGGCGGCAGCGAAGGGCCGGUUCGCGGACUUGGUGUCCAGUAUGACGGGCAAGGGCAAAGACGCAGAGGGCGAAGAACAAUGA